AUGUUCUCUAUUUUUACCAUUAUAUCUGCUCUUCCUCUUGCAGUCUUCUCCCUUUCCCCUCCUUCCUCACGCACCACGCCCCCAACCGGCGCCUUCAUUGUUCGUUCUGGAACUACGUCAUCCAGCGAAUAUGCCUCUCUCACUGAAGCCGUUGCCGCUCUUCCUUCCGGCACGAGUGCAGUUACCAUCUUCAUGUAUCCGGGAACAUACUCGGAACAGGUCGACAUCACUCGGGCUGCUGUGACGAUUAUGGGCUACACUGAGGAUCCUGGCUCCUACACCUCCAACCAAGUGACCAUCACGGCAGGAGAAUCAGCGGGCACGGCUGGCUCAGAUGAUGCCUCUGGUACAUUACGCCUUCAUGCGGACGAUAUCGCGCUGUACAAUAUCGACAUCAAGAACACCUUCGGAUCCGGAUCGCAAGCUAUUGCGUUAUCGAACUACGGUAACCAGGUCGGGGUCUAUGCCUGCGGGCUUUAUGGCUACCAGGACACCCUCUUGGCCGAACAGGGCCUCCAGGUCUACCUACAAAGCUAUAUUGAAGGUGCUGUUGAUUUUAUUUUUGGUCAAACGGCACAAGGCUACUUCGAAGGCAAUACCCUCGCAGUUUCUGGGACCGGUUGCAUCACCGCUUCCGGCAGAGACGAGGACAAUGAUGCUAUAUACCUCUUCAACCACAACACCAUAAUCAAGGCUUCCGAUGCUACCACUAUCGAUUACACCUACCUCGGCCGACCUUGGAGCGACUUCGCGCAAGUUAUAUUCUUGAACACAGAAGUCGAAACCGCUCUCGAAGCCGCUCUGUGGAUGGAAUGGUCGAGUUCUGAGCCUAACACCGACCACGUCGUCUUUGCAGACUAUAACACCACUGGGUCUGGCGUUCCCAGCUCGCUAGACCGGCCCAGCUGGGCCACAGCCUUGACAUCCAGUGAGGCGGCGGAUUACACGCUUUCUUCCGCUUUGGGAACGACCUCUUGGGUUGACUCUGACUAUUUGAUGUGA